AUGUCCAAGAUUUUUCUGAAAAAAUGCCAAGUUUUUUCCUGCAUGGAUAAGUUAGCCUCCCUGGUUACCAACUCGAGCAACCACUCGGCGAGGACGACUGGAUUUCCAGGAACCUUAUUAUCCACCCGGCUCUUCAAAGAAACCUCGGCUCGAUUAUCCAGCCAGCUCUCCAACCCGGCCACUUCAGCUUUCAGGAUGCCGUUCUUAGCCGGGCUACAACCACAGAACGUUCAACAGAAAGCUCGACUGGCCUACCACAACUUCAGAGAAUGGUUUGAUGAACUGAGUAUAGUCGCCAAAAUAUUCACUUCUUGCUAUCUAGCACUCAACCUCUUACUCUUCCUGGCACUCAUCAUUCUCACCCCCUCGUGGAUCUUUGCACGACUGGCUCGCUGGGCAAUCAAUUUAAGGGAGCUCACACUCGGUCCAUUCUAUUUGAUCUUCUUCCUCACCAUCGCUAGCUUUCCUCCAGUGAUCGGCUAUGGUACUCUCACAACACUUUGCGGCUUCACGUAUGGUUGGUUUUGGGGCUGGAUCCUGGCCAGUGUGGGCUGCUUAUGCGGAAGUGCUACCAGUUUCGUAGUACUGCGCAAAAACCUGCCCCGUUUUCAGCAUUGGUUGUCUAAACAACCCAGGUUCGCCGCACUCAGACAAGCAGUCGCUGUGAAGGGAUUGCCACUGAUUUGCUUGAUUCGACUAUGCCCCUUCCCUUUCACAUAUAGCAACCUAUUUUUUGCAUCCCUCACAACUUCAUGUGGCUUACAAGACUUCAUGAUUGCUACCCUGGCAACAACGCCCAAGUUGCUACUACACGUGUUCAUCGGAGCAAGAGUGUUUCAUCUAUCAGAUCCGAGCUCAACGCACCGAUUAGAUAACUUAACCAUCGCUCUGAAUAUCUUUUACAUCGUUGCUGGUGCUUCCCUAGGCGCGGCAGUCUCAUAUUACCUCUACCAAGCGACGAUGGCUCAAGCCGGACAGAUCAGUCUUGCAUUGGAUGACGAGGCGAGGGUCGGUGGUCCCGGUGGCGAUCGACUGAGAACAUUAGAUGAAGAGGAAGAAGAGAUUAGGAGAGAACUUUUGGGCGCUGAGGCUGGCGACUCGGAACGUCAGUGGGAUGUUGAGUUUGACGACUUCGAUCAAGACGAUGAGGAGGGUCAAACAACUAUCAAUUCCGAUGGGAAACCCUCCAAACCUCAUCCAGGAACCUAA